AUGGCAGUGAAUAGAAGCCUGAAUGGAGAUAAUUCAUCUUACAGUUAUGAGCUGCUGGCUUGGCUCAAUGAAACUUUACAGACCAGCUUCACCAAACUGGAGCAGAUAUGCACAGGUGAAGCUCAUUGUCAGAUGAUGGAUCAGCUGUUUCCCGGCUCUGUGGAUCUUUCCAAGGUCCGCUUCCAAGUCACUGAAGAUGUGGACUUCAUUCACAACUACAGUUUACUGCAGGGUGCAUUCAGAAAAGUGGGAAUCGUUCGACACAUCCCUAUGGAGGAGCUAAUAAAGAGGAACACUACUGUGGCGUUCACAUUCCUGCAGGAUUUCCAGAAAUUCUUCAUGGAGAUCAAAAAAUGCAAGAAGGACCAUCUCUCACAUGUCAAAGGAGGACAGAACACGCUUCCUGGGGAAACAAGUGGGAGCAAAGAUGACUGUUUCUCUGAGGUGGAGGUGACUGUAAAGAUGGAGGAAGAACCAAUGAAAGAAAAAGUGGAGGAGACGGCGAACAGCGACACUAAUGUGAUAGUAUUAAUAUCCGAUGAUGAUGAUGAUGAUGUAGUGGUGGAAGUGACGAUGGAGGAGAAAAUGGAGACAACAAUUGAACAAGAGUGUGUAAAGUCACAGAGGACAGAACAAACUAAAGCAGCAGGAAGUAGUCUCAACAGCAGCAACACUUUGUUAAGCUUCAUCAGAAAAUACUCAAACUUCAUUACAGACGCAGACGUUCAAGCUUCGGCCAUCUUGAGCCCAGACUGCCUCAGCGACACCAUCCAGGUGUGCUUGCGCGUACCAUACUGCCUCUACCUGUUCAUGGGGGUGGAGCUGGACGCGGGACGGAGCACAAGCAUCGUCCUGAUCGGCUACCACGACCAGAGCUUGGGGGUCGGCGUGGUGCGGCUGCUGGACACUCUGCAGCUGAGCGCGGACGCUGUUGAUUCAAAGGCAUCGGCGGACAUGGCGUUCAUACAAAAAUCAGAUUCUGAUGCACGCCUUCUGAUUCAAACGCUGAAGAAAUUCGGGCUUUCUCUGUCCAACAUUUCUGCGUUUUAUUGUGACGCUCCACAUCCGAGUGUGAGCCAGGUGUUUGUUUCCAAGCUGCAGGCUUUCAACCCGAGGUUAGUGUCCCUCUGCAGGCUCCCUGGGAUGGCGGGAAGAGCCUGCCAGGCCGGACUUCUAGCUUCCUUUAGUUGUGUGGUUGACCUGAUUCAAGACAUCCACCAUCACUACUCAACCUGCCUCUCCGUUAACGACAGUCUGAAAGUGCUGUUCACUGGUGUUCAUUCUUUUAACCCUUCCCGCUCCAUCUCUGAGCAGUAUUUGUUCAUCGUCUGCACCGUGCAGAACAUGGUGAACAGCUGGAGGGAUCUGGUGGAGUAUUUUAAGUCCCUGAAACAAGCCGCGGAUGUUGAGCGGAUCAGAACUCAGCUGAUGGACGCUAAAGUCAAACUGCAGUUCCUGUUCCUCUCCCACGCAUUGGAGCCCCUCCGAGCGCUUCAGCAGCUGCAGCAGCACGGCGCGGCGGACAUAGCCGUGGAGCUCCAGCUCAUCUCCAUGCUGGUUAACUCCUACGCAUCCAGCAUCCUCCGGCCCUCCGUCGCCGAGCGCUUCCUGAGGAGACGAGACGUGGCUUUCCUCCACAACCAGAAGGAGCUGCUCCCCAUGACGGAGGUCAACAUAGGCUUGGUUGCCAUGGACUUCCUGUGGGCUACCGCCGUCGUGGAUCUGGGGGAACAGGAGAGGGACGACUUCAUGAAGAAGGCAGUGGCUUUCUACAGAGCAGCGCUGCAGAGUUUAGUGGAGAGUAUUCCUGAGCAGCUCGGAGACGUGGCUCUGAGGAACAUCGGCACCGCGCUGAAACACCCCGAAAAUAUCAAUGGUGCUAAACUAUCCAAGAGUGUGCUGUCAGAGAUGGCCGUGCAGCUUGGUCUGUGCAGCGCCGACUCGACGGAGACGUACCAGCUGACUUUUGACUACCUCAUGUUCACCAAGGCGGCAAAACAGGAACAGGAGAGAGGAAGAGAAUAUCGCUGCUGGGAAAAGCUGUUCAGCAGCGUCAAGCCUCGGUCCAACAGCGUCAAGCCUCCGUCCAAUAGCAACAAGCCUCCAUUCAACAGCAACAAAACCCCCGAAGCUUCACGUCGAUUGGCCAGAUUGUCGGGAAGACCCCGAGUCCGCAGAAGGAGACCGCCGGUCCAGUCGAGGAGAGAUAAUGAACCGAUUUCAACAGAUAAUAGUAGCGACGACUCUGCAGUAAAACCCAGUUUACAGCUUCCUCCACAUCACAGAGACACGGACGACUCAGACAACACUGAUAAUUCAUCUGCUCAAGACUCUGAGUACAUCGUGUGCAGUGAUGAUGAUGAUGACGACGACGACAAGAUGGUUUCCACGGCAACACAAACCAACUCAACCAGCCAGAAGGUCAACUCUAAUGAUAGACACGGGGAGCUGAUCUGGGCUCAGGUUCAGGGCUUCUCUCUCUGGCCGGCCGUCAUCGUCCCGUGCAGAGGACAGCUUCAGCUCCCAGGGAGGAGGAUGGUGAACUGGUUCGGACAGGCGAUGUCAUCUCAGAUCAGUGAAGAGACGAUGAAACCGUUCGAUGACUUCAACGAGUGCUUCUGCACAAAGACCUUCGCCGUCCUCGAGACCUACAGAGAAGCCAUUUUCCAGGCUCUACGAGAGGCGGCUCUGCGUUGUAAAAAGACGUUUUCAGUGAAUCUAGAGGACAAAGAAGAGCUGCUGAAGAAGAUGUUAGACUGGGCCUUCAAAGGCUUUAAACCUACCGGGCCUGACGGACUCAAACAAGCGACCUCCACUAAUGGUGUCAUUAAACCAAACAGACCAAAUGCAAAGAAGAAGCUCUUCCAGAAAGCCGCUUCCUCUUCCCGCUCCUCCACCUCCGCGAGCAAGAAGAGCAACAUGAGCACUGAGCUGAAGGAGGUGAACGUCUCCUUAAAGAAACUGUCCUGCAGCUCCGUCGAAAAGUCCUCCCAUAAAAAAACACCAGCCUGUGAUGAAGAAGCGUCAGAUUCAGGAAAAGGCGUUAAGGGAGGAUGGGGGAAAGGGAAGAGUAAGGGAGGAUGGAAAGCAGGGAAGAGUGCGAGGAAGAAAAGCAGUCAGUUUGAUGGAUUUGAUGACGACACGUCGCCGAACUUCGUGCCGAACAAGAAGAGAGCCUACGCAAAAAUUUACAACAAGGUCAACGAGCCGGCCGGCGUUUACAAACAGCCGGACCAGAAAGUCAGAGAGCAGACUAUUCGUAGGAUCAUGGACAUGAAACUGGACAUUGAAGGUUUCUGUUUGUGUUGUGGGACUGAAACGGUCGAUAUCUUCCAUCCUCUGUUUAAAGGCAGCCUCUGCUUGAAGUGUAAAUACAACUUUACAGAAACUCUGUAUCGAUACGAUGAAGACGGUUAUCAGUCGUACUGCACCAUCUGCUGCUACGGGAUGGAGGUUAUUCUGUGUGGCAACAACAGCUGCUGCAGAUCUUACUGCGGGGACUGUCUGAACAUCCUCAUCGGUCCGGGGACGUUCGAUUCGCUGAAGGAGCUCGACCCAUGGAUCUGCUUCAUCUGUCAGCCUCACCGAGCUCACGGAGCGCUGAUCCCCAGAGAGGACUGGAGCAUCCGGGUUCAGAGCUUCUUCACCAACAACAGCGGCAUGGAGUUUGAGCCUCACAGAGUUUAUCCGUCCAUCACUGCAAACCUGCGCAGACCGCUCCGAGUCCUCUCGCUGUUCGAUGGCAUCGCGACAGGUUAUGUGGUCCUGAAGGAACUCGGCUUCAAAGUGGACAAGUACGUCGCCUCAGAGAUUUGUGAGGACUCCAUCGCCGUAGCGACCGUCAACCACGACGCAAAGAUCAUCCAAGUUGGCGACUCUCGCUACAUCACCCAGGAACACCUGGAUCAGUGGGGUCCGUUUGAUCUGCUGAUUGGUGGAAGCCCCUGUAACGAUCUCUCCAUCGUGAACCCGUUCAGGAAAGGCCUCUAUGAGGGCACCGGCCGGCUGUUCUUCGAGUACUACCGCAUCCUGCAGCUGCUGAAGCCCAAAGACGAAGACUCCAGACCCUUCUUCUGGCUCUUUGAGAACGUCGUCUUCAUGAACACCUGCGACAAAGUCAACAUCUGCCGCUUCCUCGAGUGUAACCCGGUGCUGGUGGAUGCAGUGAAAGUCAGUCCGGCUCACAGAGCUCGAUGUUUCUGGGGAAACAUCCCCGGCAUGAGCAGGCCGAUCAUUGCCUCCCAGAACGACAAGCUGACUCUCCAGGAGUGUUUAGAGAUCGGAAGAGAAGCCAGGGUCACUAAGGUGAGGACGAUCACCACCAAUCCAAACUCUCUGAAGCAAGGCAAAGAUGUGUCUCAGCUGCCGGUCCUGCAGAACGGCAAAGACGACAACCUCUGGAUCACUGAACUGGAAAAAAUCUUCGGUUUCCCCAAACAUUACACGGACGUGAGGAACAUGAACCGGCAGCAGAGGCAGAAGGUGCUCGGGAAGGCGUGGAGCGUUCCCGUCAUCCGUCACCUCUUCGCUCCCCUCAAGGACUACUUUGCCUGCGAGGAGGUUCUUACCAACACAUCUACCUCCACCUCCACCUCCACCUCCACCUCCGUCACUCUCAACUCCAUCACUUCCACCUCUCCCUCCUCUCCCUCCUCUCCAGAAGUGCAGCAGCUCAGAUAG